UUAAAUGGUUCAACUUUUCACGAGAACUGCCUUAGAUGUUGUUCCUGUGAUAAAAAUCUUGAAGAAAAGUGUUAUGAAAAAGACGGAAGGUUUUAUUGUCAGACGCAUUAUUUUCUUGAUCAUAGUCCAUUCAAAUGUGCCGGGUGUAAUACUGGAAUAUCGCCAACUAAUUUUGUUUACAAACUUAAGACAAACUUGAUAUACCAUUUGGUAUGUCACAUUUGUUGUCUUUGCGGAAAACAACUGCUACCCGGCGAACAAAUAACCAUCGAUCAGGACAACAAAACUGUCGCAUGCUUUGCCCAUUUAAGUCGUAAUGUUAAUCAAUUGAUCACUUAUAAAUUUUCCAAAUUUUUUAAUGUAUUAUUUUUUACGUACGAUGGGUAUGCUUACGAUUUUAUGGAUGAAAAUAAACUGCUAAAAAGACGGGGACCACGAACCACCAUCAAACAAGACCAACUUGAUGUACUCAAUCAGAUUUUCACCUCUACACCAAAGCCAUCGAAACAUGCUCGCGCUAAAUUGGCUUUGGAAACUGGUCUCAGUAUGCGUGUUAUUCAGGUAUGGUUUCAAAAUCGUAGAAGUAAAGAAAGACGGUUGAAGCAUCUCUGUAAUUAUUUACGACGAUACGAACAACGAGGCCUUGUAGCACCACCGAUUGGAAUUGCUCACAACGGUUUAUUUUGUAAUUUUUUUAGGUUUUUAGAAGACCAGUCGAUUGAUUAG